CGGAAUCGCCCGAUCGAAACUCUCAGUUGCAAUGCUACCGACCGGUCUAACUUGUUCCGCAGUAAUGGAUAUUGCACUUGCAAGAACACUGCAUAUCUAGCCACUAUAAAUACGUAUCGUAAUCGCAUCUGGGAUUUCAUUCAUUCAGUGCUUUGCAACAACUUGAACUAGAAUGAUCAGAGCCACUAAGUGCCUGUGGGUGAUCGUAUUCCUUGUAUUGUUUAUCCACCGGAACCGUGCGGCCACGAACGUGCUCUAUGAGUUUCACAUUCGCGAGGCCUCCAGAGAGCGGGAGGAGAAGGGAGUGCUCAAGGACGCCUCCGAAGAUUCACGCGCGGAACCCGAACUGAUCGUCACUGGCAAACGCACCUCCGGAGUGGUCCUGCCCUUCAAUAAUAUCAGCUAUGUGUACAUGGAAACGGCCACCUAUGUGGCGGAUAACAGCGGCUACCAUGUCAAGUACAACUUCACUUUGGAGCCCCUCGAAGGAGGACCCCGUCUCAACGGGCAAACCCUCAAGUCCACCGUCGGUUGAGGCGAUUCACCAAGUAUUCCCCCAGAGACUUAGAAGUAGCUGUAGCAAAUACUGCAUUAUUUAUUAGAACUCACUGUCUCAGUGCAGGCUGAAAGUGUCCAGUUCCCCCAGCAAACAAUAAACGGAAACUUUGAAAAGCAA